AUGGGUAUGGCGAUGACACAUGAAGAUUAUCCACGAAAAGUAAAGAAUGGUUUUAUUCAAGUAGCUGAUCUACGUGAUCAACUUCAAAAGGAUAUUACUCAAUGUGAACAUGAUCUUGUUCGAGUAAAUGAACAGAACGAACUGUCUUUCCUAUAUUCUCAAUUAUUAAAAGAAAUUCUUGUGGAAAAUACUGCUGAAUCCGCAAUAUUCGUAAAGAUAUAUGCACUUUUCGGUCGUACCAACUAUCGUGGUAACGUUCAAGAAUUGAGCAUGAUUGAAGAAUUUGAACGAACUUAUGGAAAAGGGAAACAUAGUUCACCUAUUUGGUGGUACACUCGACGGUGUUUUGUUUCGCGAACUAUCAAUCGAGCCAUCCACCUUUUGGAUGUUGAAAUUUUAUGUAUCGUACAUUUCUUUAUCCGGGAUCUUCAUAACCAGCUUGCUAAAAUCCAUGCUGAAAAAUCCAAAUAUGAAAGUCCAUUGAUUGUUUAUCGUGGACAAGGAAUGCAACCAGAUGACUUUAAGCGUCUCUUAAAAAAAAACGAAACUUGCAUUGUCUUCAACAAUUUUAUAUUCACGACCACAGACCGACAAGAAGCAUUCUGUUCAGCUCAAAACGCUUUCAACAAGGGUCUGAUCGGAAUUCUGUUUGAAAUGCAUGUGGAUCCGUCACUAGAAGGUAUUAGUCCAUUUGCACGCAUAGAAGUGACAAGCUACGGAAAGAAAAGCAAAAAUCAAAUUCUCUUUUCCAUGCACUCUGUCUUUCGUAUUGAGACUGUCGAGCGAUCGGACAAUGGUAUAUGGAAUAUCAAAUUGAAAUUGUCCAACAUGUUGAGUAAUCAAUUGAUUGAUAAAAUACGCGAACAAAUACAGGGACGAGAUGUUCUGUGGCGCAUGGGUGCAUUAUUCUUCUGCAUGGCUGAGUUCGACAAGUCCCGACAGAUUUAUUUAGCGAAGCUUCCUACAAUUUCAAAAGAUGAUUUUCGUGCUCAAGCUCAUUUCCACAAUAGAUUAGCUUUCAUUUUUAAGCAGAUGAAUGAAACCACUUUAUCUCAGCAUCAUUACAAUGAAUAUAUUCAUUUGAAAAAAAAAUAUGGGCUAACCGAUGAAGUCGAAUGCGCAUAUAUACAAGCGAUGGAUCGGUCUGAGAUGGCUAAAGUAAAGACCUCGCCUGCUUCUUCACAGCAACAACUUGAUGAAUUGACACUGAAAAUGGAGACAGCUAAGUCUUCUCAAAACGAUCCAGCAUCGACAUUCACAAUCGACAGUUUAGCAGAAGAAAAGGUUUGCACAUCUGAACAAACGGUCACGACUACCGCUAACCCAGAGAAACUAAGAUUGCUAACAGUCGAAAGAAACACGGAAGAUUGUAGUACGUUUGGCGCAUCUGCAUCCGAGGCAAAAUCAGAAAUGGUAAACAAAAAGAAAAAGCCAAAAAAGAAGAACCGUCAUUCUUUAAAUACACAAUACGUUAAAGGUGCCAAAGACAAAUCAGACGACGAGAUGUCACACAUUCCGCAGCCACCUUGUCGAUCCACCGACGACGGUAACAAAAGAUUCGAAAGGGAAUUUUGGAAUUCGGAAUUCGGCCGUACAAAUCAAACCCAACGACAGGCUCGAAAUUUCUUUGAACAAUCGGCCGAACGGGAUCAAAUUCGAUGUAUGGAUUUAACUCAACAACUGAGAAAAAAACCGCGUGUAAUCGUUGAAGUUGGUGGUGAGGGUUGCGGUCGGCUUUCCGCAUCAACAAAUUCAAUUCUGUUCUCACCCACUGAUGUAACAAUAUUUCGAUCAUCUUUGCCAUCUCACAAACUGUAUCACAUUGAUAAAAACGGCACCAAAACGCAAGUAGAGUUGAACAAUGAAAGAAAAAUCGGGAUCCAAGCUAUUUGUUGGUCAUCCUAUUUGGGUAAAUUUAUCGUGUUGACUGCAGACAAGAUUAAAAAACUUUACACAUUUGAUGAGGAAAAAAUGACAACAACAAACUACAGUCAACACAUAGAACACAUUCCAGACUCGAAAGAUCGUGAAUAUGAAAGCUGUACAUGCUCGGAUCAAAUAUUCUUGGUUACUUACAAAGGAUUCAAUCCUAUUAUUGAUCAAUGGCAAUUGUCAGACUGGAAGCGCACAAAAUUGUGGGGACCACCCAUAUCAUGCGGAAAUUUAGAAAUGAUUCAUCACAUUCGAUUUUCACAAAAUAAUAGUUUACACAUUGGACUAAUCAUUGAUCAAUUUAGGACCUAUCGAUUUGAAUCACGCAAUUAUUUGACUAUGGAAUGCCUAAAGACUGUUGAUUUUAACGAGAGUAAUCAAAUCAAUACACCAGUACCAGUAUCUUUGUCGACUGGUGAAUGGCUUUUUACAGCUACUGUCAUGAGUUUCAUUUCAAAAAAUGUCAUAGGGCGAAUGCCCAUUGAAUAUGGUGAUGAUAAUGUUGAGAAUGCCAUACAGCUGAACCAGAAUUGUCUGAUCAUCAAAACGAAAGAUGGGAAAUUAAAGUUUCAUGAUUACCAUGAUUAA